GCCACCUCUUCGAAAUGCCUGUUACGUGUGACGCGAACGAUUUCGCCUAUAUCAAAGCUUCGACACUCUCUUCCAAUGGCCGGCAAUUCACCGACGAGUUUGGGCGUACGCUGUCCUUGAGGGGCUUGAAUGUCGGUGGAGACACAAAACUGCCCUCUUCCGUUUCGUCUGAUGGGAAGUUAUCGUUCGUUGGGCGUCCGUUUCCGUUGGAGGAGGCGAGGCAGAGGUUGGAGCAGAUGAAAGCGUGGGGGGUGGGGAUGUUACGGUGGUUGGUCACCUGGGAAGCUCUGGAGCACCGAGCGCCUGGUAUCUAUGAUGAUGACUACGUCAGUUACCUCAUUGCCGUUUUGAAGAUCGCUAAGAAUUUGGGACUUCUUGUUUUCAUUGACAUUCAUCAGGAUGUGUGGAGUCGGCAUUCGGGCGGUUCGGGCGCUCCGGAGUGGACGUUUGAGUUGGCUGGGUUGGACGUGACGAAACUGAGGGAGACGCAUGCGGCUAGUUUGUUGUCGGAGGAGGAGAAGGGGGAGUUGGGGGCGGACGCGGGGCCGAGCGGACGGUUGUGGCCGACAAAUUAUUCGAAGUUUGCAGUGGGGACGAUGUUCACGCUGUUCUUUGCCGGGUCGACAUUUGCGCCGUCUUUUGAGCAUCCGAAGUUCCCAGGAGAGAACAUCCAGGAUAUCUUGCAAAAGUACUAUAUUGCUGCGUUGUCGCAUCUUGCACGCAGGUUGAAGAAGGCGAAGUUGACAAAUGUUGUUGGAUGGGAUUUGAUGAACGAACCGCAUCAUGGAUGGAUUGGGCUGAAGGAUUUGAGGAGGUAUAAUGAGGAUAAGGAGUUGCAUCUUGGAGCUAUGCCCACUGCCGUUGAGGGGAUGUAUCUCGCUGCUGGUAUUCCCAUGUCCGUUCCAUAUUAUGAACGGAGCUGGCCACACCCGACUCGUAAGACAGGAACGAGGCUGAUGAACAAGGAGGGUGUCUCGGUAUGGAAGGAGGAGCGGAAGGAUAUCUGGAGAGCAGAGGGAGUGUGGGAUGUUAACGGUACCGGUACCCCAAGUUUGCUGAAGCCUACAUACUUCACCAAAGAUCCUCGCAACCGCGCCGAAAUCGACUUUAGGCGUGACUUCUAUGCUCCGUUUGUUCAAAAGCUUACUAUAGAGCUGCGCUCGAUCUUGGGGCUAGAUACCUGGAUCUUCCUCGAGCCCGUCCCGAACGAGUCUCCCAAGUGGAUCAUGCCAAACGAUGGGUUGGGGAAGGUCUGUUAUGCACCUCAUUGGUACGACCUUCGCGUACUUUUCGAAAAGGAGUUCUCACCAAAGGUCUCCUUUAAUGUACAAGCGUUGUCAAACGGUUCCCGGAAUUUAUUGGCACAUACCUAUCUCGGCCUGAACGGCCUUCUGAAGAACUACACCACACAGUUCAAGACUUUCGUGGAUGACUUACGACACUUCCCUAUCAACACUCCAGUCCUAAUAGGCGAGACAGGUGUCCCGUUUGACCAGAAUGACCGACAUGGGUACAAGACAGGCGACUGGACCUUGCCUAGUCAACAGCUUGAGGCGAUGCUGGGCGCCAUGGAGAAGAAUUUAAUCUUGAAUUAUACGUUGUGGACGUACUCCGCCGGGAAUAACGGACCGGAGACAGCUGGUGAUAAAUGGAAUCUAGAGGAUUUGAGUUUGAUCUCACAGCAUUCUUCCGUCAAGGAUUUGAAUGGAGGAGCGCACGAAGGAAUCUACGACAACUUGAGAGUGACCGACGUCUUCAUUCGUCCUUACGCACCUAAGGUCGCUGGAGAAGUGAAGGAAAUGAUCUGGGAUCCGAAGAAGAAACUGUUCAAGCUGGUAUUCAUGCCAAACGUAGUGAAGGACGAGGAAGACUACGGCCGAAGAAUCACGGAAAUCUUCAUCCCUCGUAUCCACUUCCCCAAGGGAUUGAAACUGAUAGAGCGAGCUGGCAAGGAAAAGAAGAUUGUCCUCGAGCCGAAGAUCAAGUACGGUGAUAUCACGGAAGACCAGACUGUCUACUAUAUGCAUGAAGUUGGACAAGACCUGGUGACGCUGGAGUUCAGCGAUCCAGAGCAUGAGGUGGAGGAAAAGAGCGCGGUGUCGUGGACUUUGAUCUUGACAUUGAUGUUGCCUCUUUUGGUUCUGCUUUUGGCAUUGGGGUCUAGGAAAGGAUACUUAGAAUAGUCGGUACAUGCGUAGAUGUGUUCAAGUGCACACGUCCAGACCCUCACGGUGGGUCGUUCAGACAUGCACAGAAGAAGCCCUGAAAGAAGA